AUGCGCUCGAGCUACUACCGGAAUAGGAGGGAAUUCAGAGGGAGCAACGUGCUGGUGGUGGGAUGUGGGAACUCAGGGAUGGAGAUUGCUUACGACUUGUGGAGUCAUGGCGCCAACACUUCUAUUGUUACUCGAAGUCCCUACGGCCUUCGGAGGCCAGAGAAAGGUCCAUUCUAUCUGAAAGCAGCGACCGGACGAUCCCCAGCCAUCGACGUCAGGGCAAUGAAGAGGAUCGACGACGGAGUGAUCAAGGGCUUUGAGAUCCCCGCUGUGGUAGUCGACACCGCUUUUGGUGAGGGUGCAAUUGACUCUCCUGAUGGUGCUGUGGAGAACUCGGCGCCCCCGGAGCUUGUGGAGUCCGAAGGAUCGGUGAAUGCGUUCGACUAG